AUGGGGCCGUUCAGGGCCCUGGCUUCCCUCUUAGUCCUACACCUGCUGCAGGGCUCACACGCGUCCCUCGUGCAGCUGAAGGACAAUGGCUAUGAGGACGUCAUCAUUGCUAUAGAUCCUGGUGUGCCAGAAGAUGGAGAAAUAAUUGAACAACUAAAGGCCAUGGUGACCGCAGCAUCUACUUACCUCUUUGAAGCCACAGAAAAAAGAUUUUUUUUCAAGAGUGUGUCUAUAUUGAUUCCUGAGACUUGGGCCCGAAUCUCUGGGACAAACAGCGUUUACGCAUGUCAAGGAGGGAGCUGUGUAACUAGAAGAUGUAGAAUUGAUUCUACUACGAAAUUGUAUGAAAAAGGCUGUCAGUUCUUCCCCGAUAAAGUUCAAACAGAAAAGGCUUCCAUAAUGUUUAUGCAAAGUAUUGAUUCUGUUGUUGAAUUCUGCAAUGAGAAAAACCAUAACCAAGAAGCUCCAAGUCUGCAAAAUAAAAUGUGCAAUUUCAGAAGCACAUGGGAGGUAAUCAGAGAGUCGGAGGACUAUAAAAACACCACGGUGAUGGAGGAAACACCUCCUGCACCUACCUUCUCCUUGCUGAGGAUCCAUGAAAGAAUUGUGUGCCUCGUUCUUGAUAAGUCUGGAAGCAUGAGUGGUAGUGAUCGCCUCAACCGAAUGAAUCAAGCAGCAAAACAUUUCCUGCUGGAGACUGUGGAGAAUGGCUCCUGGGUAGGAAUGGUUCAAUUUGAUAGUGUUGCAAGCAUUAGAAGUGAGUUAAUACAAAUAAAAAGCAACAGCGAAAGAGACACGCUUGUGACAAGCUUGCCUACACAAGCUCUUGGAGGAACUUCCAUCUGCUCUGGGAUUAAAAAGGCAUUUGAGGUGAUUGAAAAGGCAGGCUUCCAACUGAAUGGGUCUGAGAUAGUGCUGCUGACUGAUGGGGAGGACAGCACUGCCAAAGCCUGUAUUGGGGAAGUGACAGAAAGCGGGGUCAUCAUUCAUCUUAUCGCCCUGGGACCAUCUGCUGAUCAAGCACUUCCCCAGUUUUCUCUGUUUCACUUUCAACUUCACAGUGCUGAUGCAUUCAAAGAUGAUGGCGUCUACUCCCGGUACUUCACAGCUUAUUCAGAAAAUGGCAGAUACAGCUUGAAAGUGCGAGCUCAUGCAGGAACAAACUCUGCCAGGCGACGUUUAGGGCAUCCACGGAGCAGAGCUGCAUAUAUACCAGGCUGGGUGGUGAAUGGGGAGAUCGAAGGAAACCCACCAAGACCUGAAACUGAUGAGAAUGCUGAGACGGUUGUGGAGAGUUUCAGCAGAACAGCAUCUGGAGGUGCGUUCGUGGUAUCAGGAUUUACAUCAUCUGCCACUGAUGUGUUCCCACCAAGUCAAAUCACAGACCUGAAUGCCACGCCUGAAGGAGAAGAGAUCACUCUGACAUGGACAGCACCAGGAGAGGAUUUUGAUGUUGGCAAAGUUCAACAAUAUAUCGUCAGGAUAAGUGGAAGUAUGCUUGACCUGAGAGACAGUUUUGAAGACGCCCUUCAAGUUAACACCACUGGCCUGUCACCAAAGGAGGCCAACUCCAAGGAAAGCUUUACAUUUAAGCCAGGAAGUAUCCCAGAAGAAAACACAACCCAUAUAUUCAUUGCCAUCCAAAGUGUAGACAAAAGCAACUUGACCUCGAAGGUGUCCAACAUUGCUCAAGUGGCUUUGUUUAUUCCUCAAGCAGAUCCCAGUCCUGAUGAAAGUCAACCUAAUACUAGUCCUGAUAAAAAUUCUUCUGGAGUUAAUGUUUUUACUGUGGUGUUGUCAGUUAUAGUGUCUGUUGUAGUCAUAAGUAUUAUCGUGAGUACCAUUGUUUGUGUCAUAAAAAAGAAAAACUCUUCGAACAGACCUGGAACACGGCUUUAA